UGGGAAGGGAAGCAUGGAAAUGAGUAUAAAAGGGAAGAAAAAUAUCCUGCACAGCUAGACUAUUCAUAAUUCGACAAGGAGCAGAUAUUCUCACCAACAUGUCCCAAACUGAGACCAUCCAUGUAGUUUCCAAGAAAGACAAUAGCCAACAUGCUGUUGUCACUAUUGAGAAUGCCUCUUCCGCUACAAGGCAACUGUCGCCUUCAUCGGUUCGCGUGCGACCGCUUAUACUCAGUCUAAGCUCCAAUAAUCUUUCUUAUGCACGUGCUGGCGAGUUACUUCAUUGGUGGGAUACAUACCCCGUCCCCAGUGUAGCUCCGGCGCCAUACAACGACCAAUCGGCGUGGGGGAUCGUCCCGGCAUGGGGGUAUGCCACGGUCCUCGAAAGCACGACUGAUAUCGCCCCGGGAUCGACACUCUGGGGGUUCUGGCCGACCUCAGGACUCCCGACGGACCUUACGUUGAUCCCGGGCGAGCCGCACGGGCAUUGGACUGAGGUUAGCGAGCACCGGAAACGUCUCAUGACUUACUACAACCGAUACGAGGUCGUGAGUGAAGAUGAUCGGGACACGCUGGCUUGGACUGCCGCCAUCCGUGCCAUCUGGGGCGCCGGGUAUCUGCUCAGCGAGUAUGUCUUUGCGCCUAAAGAAACGCCUGUCCAUCCCUACGGUGCUGCGGCCGGGUUGGAUUGGACUACUGAGGAUGCGGACUUAUCGUCUGCGGUUGUUGUUAAUUUGGCUGCGUCGACUAAGACGGCGCGCUCCCUUACGUAUAACUGUUUGUGUCGGCCGGCUGGGUCGGGGCCGUUGGGUGUCUUGCAGAUUACUUCUUCGCCUGAGGCUCUGGAGCGGGCGGCUGAGCAGCAGAUUGCGAAGCGUCAGUCGGGCGCUGGACCGGUGAAAGCUCUGGCGUAUUCGGAUGUAGAUCGGGCGGUGCCUUGGUUGGUUGGUCUUGAGCCGUCGAAGCUGGUGAUUAUUGAUUAUGGUGCUCGGGAUAAUGCACUCCUGCGACUUCGCGAACUGGUGCAGAGCCACGAGUCGCUUCAGAGCUGCAAGGUUGUUAUCAUCCAAGUUGGAGGCCAGCAGAAGGUGUACACCGAGGAUGAGCUGCGCGAAGCCUAUGCAUCUAUGCAAGCGCUCGGGGUGAUCCAAUCCAAUGCUUCUACUGCCCGCGAUACGGCCAUUGAGCUUGACGGCCCCGAGGCAUUUUUCGAUAGAAUGGAUCAGCGGUGGAAGCAAUGGCUUGACGACCGCGCGGCUACGGUUCCUGACAUGCGUCUGGUCUGGGGUAAAGGGGUCGCAGGCACCGAGGGAAUGUAUGGUGGAUGGGAGCGGCUGACGAAAGGGGAUGUGCGUCCAGAGGAGGCGUUGGUGUAUAUGGUUUAGAGGCGAUAGGGUUGUUUGAGCUAGCAACGGUCUCCUGAGGCCGACUCGCCGUAGAAGGUUUGCAACGGCAUAUGAAUGUCUAAUAUGGAGUAUGAGACCCCCGUUUAGACACACUCUGUUAGGACGGUAGAGCUAUAUGUCAUAGUUCUCCACUUAGUUACUCCGUACGUAAUAGGAAUUGCGGAGUAUAGGAGGAAGCUCUGGUAGCUCCUAUCCGAGACAAUUCCGCCUUGUGUAUAUUGCCCUCCAUAUAUCUUGCCGUGUAUCAGCAGAGAUGACGUGUCUCACAGCGCGAGUCCUUUAUCAACGUCCGCGCGAGCUGUGACACCUAGGUGAGCACG